UUACCAAAUGUUUCUCAGCAGCUUCUCGGUCUCCUGUCAGUGUCUGCCUCUGAUCCUGAUCGCAGUCCCGGUCCCGGGAAAGGAGCUGCAGGGACACAGCUCACAGAAACUACUCCCCCCGCUGCUGCUGCUGCUGCUGCUGCUAAAUGUUGUUGCUGCUGUUUCAGGUGACUCGCCUGUCCCAGUUUCUGGGUUCCUUGGGGAGCAGGUUGUGCUGCCCUGUACCUACAAAGGGAACGUCCCAGUCUCUCUCUUACGGGUAAUCUGGAAGACACUCGGCACCAAAACUUUAUAUGAGUUCCGUGAUGGGGAUGAUGAUUUGUCAAAACAAGACUCUCAAUUUGAAAACAGAACAAACCUGUUCAAAGAUCAACUGGAACAAGGCAACUGGUCAGUUCUGCUCUCUGACCUCAGGGAGACAGACCAGGGCGAGUAUCUGUGUCUGAUUUACAAGAGAACGGUUGUGCAGCAUUUUUUGGAGCAGCGUGAUUGUGUUUAUCUCUCUGUAAGAGUUCAUUCAACCCAAGAACCAAAUGAAAUUCUUGAAACAGAUUAUGGUCCUGGACUCUCCACUGGAGCAAGAGUUGGUUUGGGAAUCGGGAUUGCUGCUGUUUUUGUUGUACCUGGAAUUGUGGGUUACAUUGUCCUAAAGCGACAAAGAAGGAAUUGUGUUCGAAGCCAACACUCCAGCGAUCGAAAUGAAGCAUCGAAUGGUGUCCCUUUGAGAGAGGUGGUCUGUUCAGGUGAAGCACGGAGCCUUGUACCAACAGCACCUGAGCAUCAGGAUGGAGCGGCUGGAGAACAAAACCUUCUGGGGAACGGGGCUGCCCAGCACUGACUGAGUUUCCACUGCACUUAGCCUGGCUCAGGGAGGGGGGAAUCAGCCCAGUGUUGGGGGGAUCGAGUGAUUCCUAUUGGAAAGUCUGAGCUCAGGAUUGGGAUCAACAAUCACCUUUUAUUUUGCACGAAUCCUUCUCAGCAUUGCCAUCUCAGGAGGGAAACUCCCAGUGUCCAACUACUUCGUCCUCUGCAUCAUAUCUCAGCAUUAAUGUUACAGUCUGUGUCCAAACACUGCCUCAGGGUUCAGCUGUGUAACCCUAACUCUAACCCUCAAGGCUAAUCCUGUGAGAUAUUUUUCACAGAUAAUUUCUUUAUUCUUAAUUAAUAACUUUAAUAACUUAUGCUCAGUGUGGGUGAUGGUACCAGGGCCCCAUUUAUUGUCCAUGUGGCCUAGACCCACUGCAGUCCUUGUAGUGAUGGUGCUCCCACAGUGGGGAUCAUGGGAAGAGGCUUCAGAAACUCCCCCUGCAGCAGCACCUACUGGGCAAAGCCAGGAACUACAUCACAACCACCUGGUGAAGAGGCACUUGGAAAGGUAGGGGUUCCACAUGAACCUGUUGGACUAUAACCUGAUGUUGUGUGAUUUUUAACUUUAUUUCCUGCAGUUUUGUAAUGCAAUGAAGGUAUUGAUAAUGUAUUGAUCUUAUACUGAUAUGUCCUGGAUGUUUAUUUCUGACUUUUGUGCAC